ACUUAGAAAAGAUGGAAUGGGAUAAAUCAUUUGUCGAAGGUGAUAUAAAGUAUAUAUCGAUGUGCGUCUUAGUUGAUAGUACGAAGAAUGUGUGGGUGAGUCUCGUGGAUGGGGGUGAUGCAUCAUUUUAUCAAGUUCCCUGUGGUGAAUUGAAGUUGAUAUCCGGUGAACGUGAAAGUUUCGAAGAAUGCGCGAUUCGCGAAGUGAGAGAACAGACUGGAAUUAUAGUUAAUUCUAAGAAUCUUAAAAAGAUUAUAGAGCAUCGAUAUAUCUUGGUUGAUGGAUUGCGUGUGUGUAAUAUCUUUUUGACGUGCGUUCACGAUACUGUACCGGUUCAUGAAAGUUUGGAUGAUGAUAUGUGGAAAAAGUUUGAUUAUAGGAAGCUUGAUGGGCUCGAUUACCCAUUGAUUUAUCCCUUGAAAUUAGUAUAUAAUGAUAUUGAACGUAGUAUUCGUAGUCUCAGAAUAAAUAAUAGAAGUAACAUGAGAAUAAGGGUUAUGGAUGGUGAUAUUAAGAAUGGUAUUAACGGUAAGAGGGUAUAUAAUUCAGAUGAAUCCAAUGAUUCUUCAAAAAAGAGGGUUAAAAUUGUAGUGGAAAAUGUUUGA